AUGGUUCGAGAGAAAGAUACUUGUUGGGAAUAUGCGGAGAAGCUAGAUGGUAACAAGGUGAAAUGCAAGUUCUGCCAGAGAGUUCUGAAUGGGGGCAUCAGUAGAUUGAAGCAUCAUCUGUCUCGGCUUCCAAGUAAGGGUGUAAAUCCGUGUAGCAAAGUAAGGGAUGAUGUUACUGAUAAGGUGAGGACUAUCAUAGCAUCCAAGGAGGAGGUGAAGGAAACAUCUAGCAGUAGUAAAAAGAAAAAGUUUGUUGAAGUUAAAUCUCCUCCUGUAAAUGUCUCUCCGGUUAAAGCUCUCAUGUCUAUGGAGACACCUUCUCCAAUUCAGAAGGUUUAUCCUAAUGUCACUCCAAUGGCCCCUUUGUCCAUGAAUAACCAGGAGAAUGCAGAGAGAAGCAUUGCUUUGUUCUUUUUCGAGAACAAGAUUGACUUCAGCAUAGCUCGUACUUCAUCCUAUCAGCUAAUGAUCGAUGCCAUUACAAAGUGUGGUCCUGGAUUUACAGGCCCGUCGGCAGAAACUCUGAAGACUACAUGGCUGGAAAGGGUUAAGACUGAAAUGAGUCUACAAUCUAAAGAUAUUGAAAAGGAGUGGACUACUACAGGUUGCACUAUCAUUGCUGACACAUGGACUGACAACAAGUCGAGAGCUUUGAUCAACUUCUUGGUUUCAUCACCCUCGCGUACCUUUUUCCACAAGUCUGUGGAUGCAUCUGCAUAUUUCAAGAACACAAAAUGCCUUGCUGAGUUAUUCGAUUCGGUCAUACAAGAUUUUGGCCCAGAAAAUGUUGUGCAGAUAAUCAUGGAUAGUAGCUUCAACUAUACUGGGGUUGCAAACCAUAUCCUUACGAAUUAUACAACCAUUUUCGUGUCUCCUUGUGCCUCUCAGUGUUUGAAUCUUAUUUUAGAGGAGUUCUCCAAGGUAGAUUGGGUGAAUAGGUGCUUCCUACAAGCACAAACCAUCUCGAAGUUCAUAUACAACAAUGCCUCAAUGCUCGAUCUGAUGAAAAGGUUCACUGGAGGUCAGGACCUCAUUAGAACAGGCAUCACCAAGUCUGUGUCCAGCUUCCUCUCAUUGCAAACCAUUUUGAAGCAAAGAUCAAGGCUGAAGCACAUGUUCAACAGCCCCGAGUUCUGCACUAACUCCUCUUAUGCAAAUAAAACACAGAGCAUUUCAUGUAUAUCCAUUAUGGAGGACAAUGAUUUCUGGAGGGCAGCAGAAGAGAGUGUGGCCAUCUCGGAGCCAUUUCUCAAAGUGUUGAGGGAAGUAUCUGGAGGGAAACCUGCUGUAGGUUCUAUAUAUGAGCUAAUGACCCGGGCUAAGGAAUCCAUAAGAACAUACUACAUUAUGGAUGAGAACAAGUGCAAGGUAUUUUUAGAUAUAGUUGAUAGAAAAUGGCGGGAUCAGCUCCAUUCUCCUCUACAUGCAGCAGCAGCGUUUUUGAACCCCAGCAUCCAAUACAAUCCAGAAAUCAAGUUCCUCACAUCUAUAAAGGAGGACUUCUUUAAAGUUCUGGAGAAGCUACUGCCUUCGCCUGAAAUGAGACGUGACAUCACCAAUCAAAUAUUUACAUUUACAAAGGCAACUGGGAUGUUUGGUUGUAGCCUAGCAAUGGAAGCAAGAGAUGUAGUUUCACCUGGGCUUUGGUGGGAACAAUAUGGCGAUUCUGCACCAGUGUUGCAACGAGUUGCCAUCAGAAUACUCAGUCAAGUUUGCAGCACUUUCACAUUUGAGAAGCAUUGGAGCGCAUUCCAGCAAAUUCAUUCCGAGAAGCGCAAUAAGAUCGACAGAGAGACACUGAAUGACCUUGUCUACAUAAACUACAACCUCAGGUUAUCAAAGCAAACGAGAAACAAGAACGUGGAAGCUGAUCCUAUUCUGUUUGAUGAUAUUGACAUGACUUCCGAGUGGGUGGAGGAGAGCGACAGUCCAAGCCCGACUCAGUGGCUUGAUCGGUUUGGUUCUGCUCUGGAUGGGAGUGACUUGAAUACAAGACAGUUCAAUGCUGCCAUAUUUGGUUCAAAUGACCACAUAUUCGGUUUAUGAUCCUGAAAAUCAUUUCAGCAACUGUUAAAACAUUCAUGUUGUAUAUUUACCUUGUAAAAAUAAGGUAUUCUCUAGCUAUCUGUGUAUAGGCACCCUCGUU